AUGAGAAGCGAUGAAGUUUCUAUCAGCCUUUACAAACGCAUAAAGGAGUCUGAGGCAAAGUAUCACCUCGAUGGCACUCAUUUCUUUCUUCCCGAAAGCGCCAUCGAGGACAAUAUCACCGAGAAGAACAUAAAGGCUGAACUUGGGCUUGGAUUUUGGGGAAAGGUAAAGCAAGUUGUUUCCAAAGGGGAUCUCCCCACGACGGUACUCAGAGACGCGAAGAAGGCUUUUACCAUCCUGGUCUAUAUCAAUGAAUCUAAAAGCAUCAAAGGAUUGCUAGAUGAAGGUAUAAAAGACAGCGACCUUCCACUUCGUCGAGAGGCAGAAAACAGCGGAGUUCUGUUAUCUCACGAUAAAUCAAAAAGGUUCAAAAGUUUGCAAACCAUGAAUGAUUCCGUAGUCGACUCUUUCUUGGAAAAGCAGUGGAUCGUGAUGGCCCCAACCUUCGAUUCAACGCGCAAUCAUCUCGACAUACCGUCACUUUGUCCUCUGCCCUUUUCAAACAUCGAAGCGCUCACGGGAUCGCAUUCUAGCGUGCUUUACAAAGGUGAAAUACACUAUUCUCACUACCGGGGUGGAAAAGGAGGCAACAAUAAUAUUACAAUAGCCAUCAAACGAUUUUUGAGAGAAAAGCUGUUCAACCAAGAACUGAAAAACUUGAGAAUACUCCAGGAACUCGACCACCCGUAUCUCAUUCGACAUAUUGCUACAUACACUCAGGAGAAGAGUUACUGCAUUAUAUCUCCCUUCGCAGAGGGAGGGGAUUUGGUGAACAUGUGGAAAAGUCUGGAUCAUAUCGUUCGUGAUGAUAAGUUGAUGUUAUCUUCGAUCGAACAGAUGAAGCAUAUCGCCGAAGCCCUGAAAGCCCUACACGAAGUCAAUUGCCGGCACGGAGAUCUCAAGCCCGAAAACAUCUUCCACUUCACGGACGACGGUGACGGGAAAUUAGUUAUUGCAGAUGUUGGUGUGUCUCGAACACAUCGGGAAGCCACCGAGAUGCGCGCUGCGGGAACGAGCACCCGUGCCACAACCCGCUCAUACGAGGCACCCGAAACCUUGAGCAAGGAAGAUGAGGCAAGAUCUCGCAAAUAUGACAUUUGGUCUUUGGGUUGCAUAUUAUACGAGUAUACACUGUGGCUUUCGCACGAUUACGAGGCCAUCGAAAGCCUGAGUCGGGCAAGGAAGGCACCUCACCACGAAUUCUAUCUUCUGAUGAAGCCAACCCCCGUAAUCGAACCAAUCGUCCUGGCGGCAUUUACAGCACUCCGGGAGGAUCCUCGAUGUAAAAAUGGGACCGCUUUGGAAGCCUUGAUGAAGCUUAUCCAGGAUAAACUUCUACAGAUUCAGGUUGAUGACCGUUGCACGGCUGCCGAACUUGUAGAACACCUUCAGAUGAUUUUGGACGAUAUCAAGAGCAAGAGAAUACCAGCACUCAACGAUGUCACUCUGCCACCACAGAAACUUCGUUUCGUUCGUGCUGACCACUUCGAGAUCAUCGAGGAGUGA